AUGAGCUAUCUAGAAAUCAAGCGUAUAGUCGAGAAAGAAAUCGAAAAAGUCACCAAACCACUUUUCAUUGACGACGAAGUUCGUCGUGUGAUGGCGAAACACCAUAUUCCGGAAGAAACCGUCCAGCAGGCCCUCAACAAGACAAACGCACAUUUGAAAAGAGUCGUUAGGCACAAGCUCAGCAAACAAGUUGUUCAUCAGCUUGUGCAACAAAUAGUUAAAAAUGAGCUGCAAAAACUCAUGAAAGUGAACGAACAGCUACAGAGGGUGUCGCAGUUGGUGCAGCCGAUAAUCGUGCCGGAGUGGAAAGGAGGGUUAUCAGCACAGGAGAAGGUCACUCAAUUGCAGGAGCUUGUGGAGGUUCUUCCAGAGCCCGAAUAUCUCUUUGCGUUUGAUAGAGGAAAUGAAGACAAAGAAGAAGAAGAAGAACAAGAUGCAAGAAAGUAUGAAGAGCGUAAGGAAGAUAAGCUAGGCGAUGGCAACGAUGAGGAGAAUUUGGGGAACCGCCUUAUCGUAGACAACGAGGCACGUGUGGAGCUGAUUCUGAAGAGACAGCUCGAGGAGGAAUACGCUAAGGCAGUGAGCGAAGAGAUCAAGGAGGACGUGGCGCUACGGAAGGCGUCGAACGAGGAACUUCGCCAGAAGUACGCUGAACUAAGAACUCAGCUUAUCGAAGUCAGCGGGAAGCUCAUUUACGAGCGGCAGAAGAUAGAGUACCUCACGAAGCUCGAAGAGAAAACAAGAGUGAUCAAGAACAUCCCUAGGAAGGACGAAGGGCGUACGGAUCUCGAUGCCCAAAUCACCCGUUUCCGCAUCCUUGUGGAGAAGCUUGAGUAUGCCACUAGCUAA